AUGAAUAAAGGGAAUGAGUCUUCAGACCUGGAUUUCAUCCUCUUGGGUCUCUUCCCUGGUAUGAAACAUAUCAACUUCCUCGUGUCUGCUCUCCUGCUGAUCUACAGUGUGGCUCUCACUGCAAACUCCAUGCUUAUUUUUCUCAUUUGGGUGGACUCUCACCUCCACACACCCAUGUAUUUCCUGCUCAGCCAGCUGGCGCUCAUGGACCUGACACUAAUCUCUAGCACUGUACCCAAGAUGGCAGCUGACUUCUUCUCAGGGAAGAGAAACAUCUCGCAGGUGGCUUGUGGGACUCAGAUCUUCUUUUUUCUGACUUUAGGAAUUGCUGAGUGUAUCCUCAUCACUCUCAUGGCCUAUGACCGGUACGUGGCCAUUUGCAACCCUCUGAGAUAUGCCCUUAUCAUGAGCCAGAGAGUCUGCCUGCAGAUGAUUGCUAUCUCGUGGGCUGGAGGUGCCGUUACCUCCCUCGCACACACAGCCUACGCCAUGCACUUCCCCAUCUGUGGCUCCAGAGAAAUUUCCCACUUCCUCUGUGAGGUUAUGGCUAUCCUAAAGCUCGUCUGUGAAGACAUCUCUGCCUAUGAGAAGGCUGUGCUGGUGACGGGCACUGUGGUACUUCUCAUUCCGCUGUCCCUCAUCUUGACCUCCUAUGCUCUCAUCUUCCUCACUGUGCACCGAGUACAUUCCUCUCAGGGUAGGAGCAAAGCCCUGGCUACCUGCUCCUCCCACCUCACAGUGGUCAGCAUUUUCUACGGGGCGGCCUUCUACAUCAAUGUGCUGCCCCACUCCUACCACACCCCCGAGAAGGACAAGGUGGUGUCCACCUUCUACACCAUCCUCACGCCCAUGCUCAACCUACUCAUCUACAGCCUGAGGCCAGCUUCAGGAAGAACACGAAGCCUUAGAGAGGCUCUCAAGGAGGACCGCCCAGAAGAGGAGGCCAGGGCAGCACAGCGGUGGGAGAUGGCCAACAAGAAAGUGUUGGUGUUGAGGAACAGAUCCAAGAUUCGAGGGCAGAUCGACCGCCUCCUCGAAGAGCGAAAAAAAGAGCAAUCAGAAUGUGUUCGACAACAGCGAUCAGAGAUGGCAGAGAUAGCCAACAGGAUCCGGUCCCUAGCAGAGGAAUCAACAUCAGUGACUUCCGAAAUAGCUAACGUGAAUCUCGCCUUGUGGAACAUGCGCAAACAGCGGCUCCAGAGAGAAAGGACAGAUGCUCUGAGUGAGAAUGCCCAACUCCACGAAAGCCACUCACAGCUUUCCCAGGAAGCUCAACGGGGAAAGGAAGAAGUGGCUGAAGUCAAGAGUCAACUGGAAAAUGGUCCUGGCUCAGGUCAUCAGCCAAGAGUGCCUUUGGAAAAACUGUCUAUGGUGCUCGAUUAA